CAUGAUACCAACUGUUUUACACACAGCGAUCUCUUCUAUUCAACGUGAUGGCAAAAUUAACUUCGUACAUCGUCAGCUGGGUGCUGCUGUUGACCGCGUGUUUGCGCCUGUCCGCUGGCGGGCCGGUUCCGUGCUGCAGAAUGCCCGCGAACACCUCUCUCUGCAAGUCCCACUCGUUGGAACUCCUGCAGCACAUCAGAACGCUCCUGGCCGAUGAGGUUCUGUUCAGCAGUAUUCGGUGCCCUGAGCGGGAGGUGGAGGUGACCACCAGCACGGACACGGCGUCCGUUUGCGCGCCCUCUCAUGAACAGGGUUCACGUUGCCUCACACCAACGGAUAUACCUACUCCUUUCAACAAGAAUAAAUGUCUGGGCAACAUUGCGACAGACCUGGACCACUAUGCCAAGGUUCUGCAGUCCUACCUCGACAUAAACCACCAAUGGAACCCCAAGGAGAAAGCCAUACUCGAACCGAUGAUUGGGGAGAUCAAGGGGUUGCGUGAGCACUGCUCCCUGGACAACAUACCCGUGGACACAUCCCGAGAGGUUCACUUCCCUCUGACGUGGCAAAAUAAGUCAUUCGAUGACAGGAAGAGACUGUGUGGGGUGAUGCAUGGCUUCUAUAUCCGGGCCAUCACCAUCAACCGGGCUUUAGGCUACAUUUCUUCAGGUGACCACUGUAGACAAGUCAACGAUUCAAGGAAAACCACCAUUCCGACCAACUGAUUCCGGCAUCGUCAUAAAAUAAUAAUGACUAGGGUUUUUUUAUUUUAUUUUAUAACCAAGCUCAGUACAGGGCAAAAGGCCUACGCAUAUGUUACGUUAAACAGUUUACAGUUUAAAUAACUGUAGACCCAUAGAUGUGUACUCAUGUAUGUCAUCAUUUUCGAAGUAUUUAUUUAUUU